AUGGUCCGUCUCGUCACUCUAGCUAAUGCCUUCGCUGCAAUGGCCGCCUCGACCGCGGUGCUCACGUUGGCCGGUUCUGACUUCACGAUAACGUUUAAAAACGGGUGCCCGGUCGACAUUGACCUGUACAAUCGCCUCGCUAGCGUCUACACGGACGAGAAUGAGUGCAUCGCCCCAGGGGGUUCGGUCGUCAAAACCAUUGGAAAGGACUUUGAAGGUCACUUCCGAAACGGUUCGAACGACGCUGCCACGCUCCUUGAAAUUGCUACGAAGGGCGACCUCCACGUUGUCUGGUUUGACCUCAGCGUCAUCCCAUCGCAUCUGAAUCCCGGCUUUGAGUUUUGCAAGAACCUUGACGAGUGCAAGCAAAACUCCAAAAGCGGCAUUGGUUUCAACACUCCCAUUCAGAUCACACCCACUUCUAACACGAACGGUAAAAACUGCCGUGAACUCACGUGUCUGGCUGACGGCUGCGAGGACGCGUACACUUUUCCAAAGGACGACAUCAAGACACACUCCAACCAACAACCGCAGGAACAACAGCAGGAACAACAAGAGACGACGGCACCUGUGACGGCGGACGACCAGGCUACGAAUUCUCCUGAACAGGCUGAAUCCGCGUAUGGUCCAUCGGGCGUUGUGGAUUCUGAGGCGACCAAGAAGGAUGACACCCCUGCACCUGACGCACAAAACAUCAAGAUGGUUGACAAAAUGAAGUUCUCAAUGUUCGUAGCCACAACGUAA